AGGGAAGGUCCGGGAGGGGAAAAAAAUGGCCAAGACCGGAUUAGAAAACGUAUUUCCGGGGCGUCCUAAAAGAAGGAAGUGUCAGAACGUGAAGGCUGCAACAGCUGGCGGCUGGAAGAGUCAGCAGGAUGGUGGCCACCAGAUCGAUGCGGCCGGAGCGGUCUUCGCCGAGGAAAAUUGAGAUGAAUGACACCCCGGGGCGCAGGGCUUCCCCCGCCCCCAGAGCAAGGAGGGGGCAGAGCCAGGAGCCGGAGGACAUGAAGGACUCGAAGACGGACCCCCCGAGCGAGGCGGACUCCAAGCCCCCCCCGCAGGACCCUCCUACAGGCCGGGCGGCCCGGAGUCGAAGUCGCAGUGCCCUGGCCCAGGUCGUUGAAUCGGUAACGGACGGGGAGGUCUCGGAAGCGGAGUCUACUUGUUCUUAUGCCUCGGGACUGCAGGAACCGACGGUCCGGAUCACCCGGAGAAGGCGCAUCAUCAUUCCCUGCCAGCCGGAGUCCAGAGGCAGGGCUAGGCAGAAGGCUGCUCGCAGUGGAUCCGUCAAGUCCGGCGAUGAAGGCGAAGUGUCGGAAGCGGAGUCCUGCUCCUCGGUUCUGUCCGCCCCUCGGGCGUCUCCUGUCAGAACCAGAAGAGCCAGACAGAGAGAGACCAAGUUCCAGGUGGAUCCAAAUUCCGCCUUGCUGGCUGAAGAAACUUCUGACGCCGAGUCGUGGUGCUCGGGUAUCACAUCUAUUGGGAACCAAAGGACAAUGAGGAGCCAACAGAGGAAAUUAAAGAAAGAAAUCGAGGUGCUAGUUGAAGUAGAAGAUGAUAAAGAUGUAAAGAGGGAUGAGCAUGUAGUUCCUUCCCAACCAGAAGACAUCCCUGAAUCUGUAAGUGUGAAUACUCAGAGUUCGGAUGCUGAACAGAGUGCUCCUUCUGGAAGUAGGCCUGAUCCAUGUAAAGAUGAAAUUCAGGUAUCUGAUGAGAAAUCUGUAGGGGAAAGUUCAGAAGAGAAACCAAAAAUACAGACAAGAAGGAAGAAAGGUACCAAGGCAAAAGAAUCUUUAGAAGAAAAGAAUUUAAAUAAUGAGCUUCAUAUAUUGGAGGAGGAAAAAGAAAUAAAUUGUGAAGAACUUGAACAAAACAGCUUUGAAAAACAACUUACUUCUCAAAGCCAAUCAACACCAGAUAGAACCAAAUUAGAGCACAAAAUGACAGAUGCUGACCGGGUAAAAAAAGCUUUUGUUCUUUUAGUUGAAUGUAAGGAGGAAAGCAAACAGAAUAAAAAGGCAGAGGAAAUCGAUGAUAUUACAGAAAUUACUAGUAAUGAGAACAGUGAUUGCAAAAUCAGUAUCAUUGAAGAUACUGAUGACAGAAAAGAAUAUUUAAAAGGUGAUACUGUGAUCAGUCCUACCUCUGUUUCCAGCAGGUCCCAAGAUAACAGUGAUACUGUCCUGCUGUUAGCUCUCAGCAGUGAUGAGGAAGAAAGUGAGACUGAGGAGAACACAUUGUGUUUUAUUGAGAGUGAUGAGCAGAAGCUUUCACCUGAAAAAGAUUCAGAAGAUAACCCAUCAAGCGAUGUAUUCUUCGUCAUUGAUAAAACCCCUGGGUUGAGUUCUGAUAAGAACUUUUACAUAGAGGAAGAAAAAGCAAGUGAAGUAGCCAGUGAGCAGGAAAAUGAAGAAGAAAAAGAAGAAGUAAGUGAAGAAGAGGAACAUAUAGAUCAGGAAGAAAAGGAAGAUGAGUUCAUAGAUGAAGAUGACUUAUUAAGUAACACUAAGUCUAACCUCUUGAAGUUGUCAAGUAGCAGCAUAGACCCUGGGUUGAGUAUUAAACAACUUGGAGGCUUAUAUAUUAACUUUAAUGCAGAAAAAAUGGACUUCAACAAAAAGGCCCUUACACAAAUAAAGGAAAAGAACAAAAAGGAGCUCUUGCAAAAAACCAUAAUUACUCCUGAUUUUGAAAAGAAGGAUUGCAUCCCACCAUACAAAGAAUCACAAUUUCAACUUAAAAAAAAACGCAGAGAGGAACGGAAAAAAACAGCAGGAGAUGGCUGGUUUGGUAUGAAAGCCCCAGAAUUGACAACUGAACUGAAAAAUGACCUCAAAGCAUUGCAGAUGAGAGCCAGUAUGGACCCUAAAAGAUUUUAUAAGAAAAAUGAUAGAGAUGGUUUUCCUAAAUAUUUCCAGGUUGGAACAAUUGCCGAUAAUCCUGCUGACUUCUAUCAUUCUCGAAUUCCUAAGAAGCAAAGGAAAAGAACAAUUGUGGAGGAAUUGCUGGCAGAUUCUGAAUUCAGAAGGUACAAUAAAAGGAAGUAUACGGAGAUCAUGAUGGAAAAAGCCAAUAAUGCAGCUGGAAAGAAGUUUAGGAAAAAGAAGAAAUUUCGAAACUAACAUUUAGUUACCUAAACAUACCUUGUAGAUUUUUAUUUUCAUCUUCAUUUUUCCUUUAUUCCCUAAAGAUAUAUUGAAGGCUGCUGGUGUCAUACUAAUAAUAUACUGUAGGGCUGGCCCUAUUUAUAUACCUUGUCGCCUGGGAAAAGUUAUAAGGGGAGUCUUGUGUGGAUUUUUUAGUUUUGCAGUUGAAAUUGGUGUGUUUAUUUUUUGGAGAAAAGAAGAAAAAUCAUGUGAUUUGGAGAUAUAGAUGUGUAGAUCUUUAAGAGACCCAAAAGACUUAGAAUGUUUAAAAGUUUAAAAAUAUCACUAAAAUGUUUGCACUGUCUUUUGGUUAUUUAAGCAAUGUAGGGAGUGCCAACAUUUUGAAGACACUGUUUCUUCUGCUCUAAAAGAGCUUUAUAAAAAUGUUCUUAUUGUACAGUAAUUUUUAGAUUUGGGAUAGUUAUGAUCAUAGAAUAUCGGAGUGAUAAUAUAUCCUGUUUCAUUUUACAUGUUUUAGUAUGAAAUUUUACAGAUGCCUACACUGUGCUGUAUAAAAAAAAUUAAAACUCACUUUAAAACUCCA